AUGGGUUUGAUUCGAUCUUACCUUUGGCUCCGUGAGUACCCUCAGGGCGGGAUAUUGCACGGCUCGUUGAAGCAGGUGCAGAAAAAGUACAAAGACCAUUAUGGCGUGCCCACGGUGCUCUGGAGGCCCACAGGAAGUAUUCCCUUCUGGUACCGAUCACUGUGCUUGCUGCUCUUCAUCAUUGUGCGGGCAUGCAUCGUAGCUGCCAUUGCUGUUAUUGGAUCGGGCCACAUCGUCCGGAGCGAAACAGACGACAGAAUCCUCAAUAUUGUUGGGCUAUUCUUCAUCGCCGACCUCGACGACGUGGUUCACAACAUGUGUACGCCUCCCCCUUUGCACCACAUCCUGGACACCAUGCCUCCAAUGGAGCUUGGGCUUCUAGCGGACCCGCCAGAAGACGACCCAAGCGUGCCCGUGACGGGAGUGUUCAUGCAUUUCGCCGCCGUCGUCAGAAUCUGGACAAUGGCCACCUUCUGGAUGUUCUGUACCACCAUCCUCACCUACAGCUGA